AUGGUUAAAUCAGUUAAAGAAUCAGAAGCCAUGGAAGGCGGAGAAGGAAAGUAUCAAAACCUUCCUUGAAAUUGAAGGUAAAAUUCAUACAGAAAAGUGGAAAUGGACUCCAUUUGACCACCACCAUUUUCGAACAAAUCAAACUCUCUCUUCUUCUUCCUCCGCCGUCUUCAUCAGUUUCAUCACCAUAUCAGCUUUGAUCUUCAUCUUCAGUCUGUUUACUAUGGCGUCCAAUCUCGGCUCCUUUUCGCGCUUCACACCAUGUUCAAUCCGUAUAACUCCUCUCCACCGCCGUUUUCCCCUAACGUCUUUCAUCAAAUCGAUGAAAUCGAGGAAGACAGUACAGAUUAGGGCUUCCAACGUUGGUGAUUCGUAUCUUCAUAUGUGGAAAAAUGCGAUGGAACGGGAGAGGAAAUCGAGUGAGUUUCAGAAAAUUGCUAAUAACUCGGUGACAACAGCAGGAACUGGUGGAGGAGACGACGAUGGUGAAACUCCCGAGGUUUUGGAGAGGAAGAGCAAUGAAUUUCAGAAGCUUCUGGAAGUUUCGCCGGAAGAAAGAGAUAGGAUACAACGUAUGCAGGUUAUUGACCGUGCUGCUGCUGCAAUUGCAGCUGCUCGAUCUCUUGUCAGAGAGAAUUCGUCGAAACCCCGAGAAGCUUCUGUUGAAGAAGGCGAGGAUGAUGUGGUUCAGCCGAGAGCAGGUUCAGAUGGGGAAAGUAUAUUCAUUUCAGAAUCAAAAAGCUUUGAAAUUGGUACCCCUGGUCCCAACUUUUGGGCAUGGACACCCCCUAAAGAUAGUGAGGAAGAUGAAACAAAUAACACAAAGCCAGCCGAACAAAUUUCUCCAAAACCAAAAAAUGUGAUCCCUCUAUUGGAGAAAGAAAGGUCAACAGAAUAUCUGUCAAUCCCUCUUGAGAGUAGGAUUUCAGAAGCUAGUUCAAUUCCUGUCCUACCUCCUUUUCAGUCUCUAAAGGAGACUGAGAAAGUACUGGAUGUUCCUACUGAGGAACGCGAACGCGACAUUUUGUUUUCUGGACAUGCAGAAAAAGCAGCUCAAGCUCUAACCGAGGCUAAUGAAUUAUUGUGUGAAGGAUUUAACCCUGAUGGAUCUCGGUGGUGGAAAGAGACAGGUAUUGAACAAAGACCAGACGGUGUUGUUUGUAAGUGGACCCUGACCAGGGGAGUCAGUGCUGACAAAACGGUUGAGUUUGAAGACAAGUAUUGGGAGGCUGCUAAUGAAUUUGGUUUCAAGGAGCUCGGUUCAGAAAAAUCUGGACGCGAUGCUGAAGGAAACGUGUGGCAUGAAUUCUGGAAAGAAUCGAUGUGGCAGGACAAUGGGCUUCUACACCUAGAAAAGACUGCAAAUAAGUGGGGAGUUAACGCAAGAGGUGAAGAAUGGCAGGAGAAAUGGUGGGAACACUAUGAUGCGGCUGGGGAAGCCGAGAAGUGGGCACAUAAGUGGUGCAGCAUUGAUCCAACCACACCCUUGGACGAUGGACAUGCUCACGUUUGGCAUGAGAGGUGGGGAGAGAAGUUUGAUGGGAAGGGAAGUAGCAUAAAGUACACAGAUAAAUGGGCUGAGAGAUGUGAAGGAGAUGGUUGGUCGAAGUGGGGCGACAAAUGGGACGAGAAUUUUGACCAAAACGGACGUGGUGUGAAGCAAGGAGAGACUUGGUGGGAAGGAAAAUAUGGGGAGAGAUGGAACAGAACAUGGGGAGAAGGACAUAAUGGGUCGGGAUGGGUUCAUAAGUAUGGGAAGAGUAGCAGCGGCGAACAUUGGGAUACUCAUGAACAACAAGACACAUGGUACGAGAGGUUUCCUCAUUAUGGAUUCCAACAUUGCUUUGAUAACACGGUUCAACUUCGAGAAGUUAAAAGGCCAUCUGAUUGGGUUGAAGAGGAGGAGACAAUUAAGGAUGAAUCAACUAUUGAUGAUGAGAAUGAAGCAUAGUUUAUAUAAUAUAUACUAGCUAUUAUCUUAGGAAUAAGAAAUUAUGUGUUCUUGUUCUGUUGAAAUCUUUGUUUUUCUUUUUUUUUUAUUCAUAUUUAGUUUUCUAUAUACACUUUUAGUUACAUUUAUAUUUUAUUCUAAAUUAUAACGAAGAUUCAAACA